UAAGUCUUGCGGCGGACGUUAAGUUCGAAAUGGCCAAUAGUUGAUCAAAGUGGCAAGUUUAAAUCCUGAAUGGCGGAAGGAGCCGGAAAAGUUGGAGUCAGAGCAGUGGUCAACUUGUCUACCGCUCUUCCCUGGCUCUGGUUACACAGCACUGCAUCUCUAUGGCACAGUUUCUCUUUGAGAGUGAUUUGCACGGGCUGUUGAAACUCGAUGCCCCAAUAUCAAACGUACCCCCUGCACGGUGGCAGCGUAAGGCUAAGGAUGGUGCUGCUCCCAGCACUGGAACUGCCUCAGAUGCCACAGCUCCUUCACCUAUGAAGCCAACUAACAGGCCUCAUAGUACCAGCAAGACUCCCUCCAAAACACCAGGCAAGUCUGGUUCCAAAUCACAAAAUACUCCAAACAAAACUGGAGGUGAUAGAUACAUCCCUAACCGUAGUGCUAUGCAAAUGGAUGUGGCCAAUUUUCUCCUAACCAAAGAGGAGUCCUCUGAGGAGACACCCACCAAGAAGGAGCAUCAGAAAGCCUGGGCAAUGAAUCUUAAUGGUUUUGAUGUAGAAGAGGCAAAAAUCCUGCGACUCAGUGGGAAACCUCAGAAUGCCCCUGAAGGAUACCAGAACAAUCUCAAAGUGCUCUAUAGCCAGAAGAGCACGCCAGGCUCCACAAGGAAAAUAAGCAGAUACAUAGCUUCUGUGUCAGAGCGGAUUCUAGAUGCCCCAGACAUUCGAAAUGAUUACUAUCUGAACCUAGUUGAUUGGAGUUCCCUCAACUUUUUGGCUGUGGCUCUGGAUAGAUCAGUGUAUCUGUGGAAUUAUGAUUCCCGAGAAAUAAUCCAGCUCAUGCAGAUGGAAAACUCGGAUGACUACAUCUCUUCGGUUUCAUGGAUCAAAGAAGGAAAUUACCUUGCAAUUGGCACAAGUAAUGCUGAGGUCCAGUUAUGGGACAUCCAGCAGAAGAAGCGUCUACGAAAUAUGGUCAGCCAUUCAUCCCGUGUGAGUUCUCUAAGUUGGAAUAGCUACAUCCUGUCCAGUGGAUCACGGACUGGUCACAUACAUCAUCAUGACGUCCGUGUGGCAGAACACCAUGUGGCAACACUUGCUGGUCAUACUCAAGAAGUAUGUGGGCUCAAAUGGGCACCUGAUGGCCGUUACUUAGCCAGUGGAGGAAAUGACAAUCUCGUAAACAUAUGGUCAGUUGCCCAAGGGGACAACUGGUCACCUCGUCCUGUGCAGACUUUUACACAACAUCAGGGAGCUGUUAAGGCUGUGGCUUGGAGUCCAUGGCAAGCCAAUGUGCUGGCUACAGGAGGUGGAACAAGCGACCGGCACAUAAGGAUCUGGAAUGUGUGCUCUGGGACCUGUCUCAACACAGUAGAUGCACAGUCCCAGGUAUGUGCAGUACUAUGGUCUACAAACUACAAAGAACUUGUAUCUGGUCAUGGCUUUGCUCAGAACCAGCUGGUAGUGUGGAAAUACCCAUCCAUGUCAAAGGUCACUGAGUUGAAAGGUCACACUGCUAGAGUGCUAAGCUUGACCAUGAGUCCAGAUGGAACCACAGUUGCUUCAGCAGCAGCAGAUGAAACACUCAGGCUUUGGCGCUGCUUUGAGUUGGACCCAGCACGUAAGAAGGAGAAAGAGAGCAGCACUAAAACCAGCAUUAUCCACCAAGGAAUUCGCUGAGUUUCAUCCAGCUCCCUCCCAACUUAUUGCUUUAUGUACAGAAUUUUAAACUAUUAAUAAAUAUUUCACUCUCCUCUAGAAAUAGUGUUGGUAUAUGGGUUGAUAUAUGAAUCACAAAGUGGUGUGAGUGCCUUUAAUUGAUAUUGGCUGUUUGCUAGGACUUGGCCUGUAUACCGUUGUAAUAAAAAUAAACUAACUAUUGAAGAAAAAUUAAGACCAGACUGUUCCUCCUGAAUCCAACUGUAGUCAGAAUCCAACUGUAGUCAGCCUCCAACUGAUAAGAAUUUGCUCCUUCUCUAAAUCACUGAGACAGCUUUAUCACUAGGUAAAUUGCCUUAGGUUUGGUCUUUUCCUAGCUUUCAAGGAACAAUUCAGCUUCUCUCUUCCACCCCUCUUGAGUUGUGGGACAGAUCAGGUUCCAGAACUGAGUGUUAACCUGGAAUAUUAGUUUGGGAUCUGAAGUAUAUUUUCAAGUCAUGAUUUAAGCUGCUGCCACCCUGCCCCACACAUCAGAUGCAGAACCCUCGAGCUCUGUAGGAUGAUUGCAACAAUUUAUCAAUCUGUCAUCCUCAAGAUGCAAUGUCCUGUUACAGAACAACUGUUCUAAGUUAUGUUGUACUGGGAAAUACAUAACAGAAUUUUGUCUUGCCAAGUGUUGUUGCCUUAUACCAGACAGACAGACAUUGCAAUCUUGCUGUUAACUUGCCUAACUGAACUCAGUGAUUUUACUGAACCAUGUGCACUGAUAUUUAAGAUUCUGUUCUUCCAAAACUAUUUUCUUUGAACUCAGCCUCAGUAAUCUUGGAAUAGCUGCUCAAUUAUCCUGACAGUUAAUCCUUCUACUCCUUUGCUUCUUAUCUCUUGCACCUCGUUUAAACUCAAGGCAUUCUAAUAUCCCAAACAUGCUGAUAGAGGAGUCUAUCCCUCCUGUUUUUUCCUCCCCACUCAAUCAAAGCAACUGUAACCCAAACUCUCAUACAAAUGCAAUUCCUUAUUUCUUCAGGCUAGAUCAUUCAGGUUUUAGUUCACCUUUAUCAAGAUUUUACUGCCUUCUGAUUCAGUGGUGAAAACAAUCUGCAAGAGUCACUCGUCACUUCCUUAUGCCUAACUCUCGCUCCUUUAUCUAGUUUUCAGGAUUGAGUCCAGCUAAGGACUAUCUGCCUGGCACCACUUUAGUACUAAGCCCUGGUCAAUGAAAAUACAGUAGCUAACAUCUCAGCUUUGCUACCUAGGGGCCAAAUUAUCAGGAAAUAAAUUAAGUCUCCAGGCAUUACAACAAACCUAGUUUACCACAAUCCUAUAUAUUUGGAUAGAGGUCAGCUUAAAAGUUAUCUGUUUAAGUAGACAGGAUGUGUUCAAUGAAUUCAAAACGCUAGGAUGGGACAUCUCUGUCUAUACCUUCUAGUGUAAAUGUUAACAUUUUUAUAACAUCAGAAAUUGCCAAUAAUUUGUGUUGAUACACAAUUCAGCUAUGAAUUCAUGCUGUAAUUUGCUAUACUUACAUGGGUGAGACACUAAUUUGUUAGGUUUGGUUCGAUAAUGCUUAAAAGGGAAAAGAAUAUUCUUCUGACAUGAAAACUCUACUUUCACCAAAUAGUGGUUCCAUUACCACUCUGAAGGGUGACACCACAAUGAGUAGGCCAUAUGCAAGUAUGGAUGCUUCUGGCUUUGGAGAGAAAGAGAUGCCACUUACCAGUCCUUCAGGUUAAGGAUUCUGUCUCCUAGGUAGAACAGAGUACUAAUCUUUGGAAUUAGUGUCUGACAGUCAAGUAGAAAAAAUAUAGUAAGCAAAA